AUGGUGCUCGACCAAGUCCGCGUUUCUACGCGGCACACGCUUAACUGCGCCAAUGAGGCGACACUCGCCGCCGUCGAGUCCCCUUUCAGCUUAGGGCCAAUCGAUCACACCGUCCCCUCUAUGUUGACCAUCGAAGCUAUACUCGUCUACAGAAAACCGAAAAUGUUGCCAGAAGAUAACUUUCUCCUGGUCGAACGCUUGAAGGUGGCUGCAUCCCACCUUCUCGACUACUACCCUCACCUCACUGGUCGUCUGCAGCAGAAUCCAGUCACCCAAGCCCCCGAAAUCGGUAGCCUGGGCACUGGCGCUGAACUUUGGGAGGCACAAUGCACCAGAAAACUCACAAGCAUCGCGAUCUCUGCCCUCUCAACACGAGUCUUGGUCGUCAACCUACCUGAGUCUGGUAAUGGUCUUCUUCCAAUCUUUCAUUCGACAGUGGGAUCUGCCUCCUACAAUCCUAUCUUCGCCAUCCAACACACCCGCUUCGGCUGUGGAGGGGUUGCACUGGGUAUUCGUGUUCAUCACCAAGUCUGCGAUGCCACUGGGUUUAUGUAUCUCGUGCGCGAUCUCGCUGAGAUCUACAAACAAUUGCGCGACUCUUCUCCGCCAACACUUAUUUUCUCACAUUUUCGGGGAAUGCAAAGUCCAUCGGCUAGCCAGAAGGAGAAAGCGCUUGCAUUCGACCCUCCAGACUUUUACCUCGACAAAACCCCUACUGUUAUGCCUGACGUUUCAGAGCCUCGAUCUGUCUACACUUGUCCUCUCCGUUUUCAUGGUCAAGACCUGAUUUCACUCAAGACUGCUGCGACUGACCCAAAUGCCAAAGGGCAGACCUCGUUCACCAGAUUCGAGCUCGUCUCAGCCUAUCUGUACCAACGAAUUUACCAAGCCAGAAUCCAGGUGUUGCGUAACAAGGGACUCACACCAGACCCCGGCACCCUACAGUCACUUCGCGAAUUUGGAACAACCAUGGAUAUGCGUGGCUCUCCCCGUCUGAAGCUUCCCACACGCUACUUCCCGAAUGCCGUUUACUGCCCCUCCACUUCCGCUUCCCAUGAAUUACUCGAAAAGGGCGCCCUCUGGCAGGUUGCACAAAUUGUCCAUGAUGCCAUUCACUCAGUCGAUAUCGAUUCGGUGAAGCAGCAGUUCGAAUGGAUUGCCGCGCAGCCCAACAAAAGCCUCAUCAAGUUGAAAAAAGUACUUCCCCGUGGUUGCCUUGUCUCCACCCAGUGGAGUAGGGGAAAGACAUACGUUGGUGUUGACUUUGAUGCCACCGCCGAUGGGAGACGUAUUCCCCCUUCUCUAGUGUCCCCAGCUUUUAGUGAAGGCUACCGGGUCGAUGGUUUGGCCAUGAUCUUGUCUACCGAGGAGGAGGUGCCCCGUCGCCAGAAAAGACGCUCUUUGCCCGGUGUCAGUAUUCCUCAUGCUGUCGAUGUGAACUUGACUCUAGAUCGGUCGGUGUGGGAUGUUCUCAACAAUGACCCCGACUUCCUUGCGCUCCAUUCCUAG